AUGGCUCCUACAAUCUUCAUCGUUCCCGGGUUCUAUGAAGGCCCCACGGUCUGCAACCCUCUCGCCGGCAGCCUCAACGAACGAGGGUUCAAGACCAUUAUCACGACUAUCUCCAGCACUGGCAAGACUCCUCCAGACAGCCCAAACAUGGAUGGUGACAUUGCAAACAUCGCCAAGGACCUUGCUCCAGUUGUUGAGGAAGCAGGCGAAGAAGGCAUCGUUGCAGUCAUGCACUCAGCUGGUGGCUUUAUUGGGAGCGGUGCCCUCAAGGGUCUGACUUUCAAAGCCAGGCAGGAUGCUGGAAAAACUGGAGGAGUUAAGAAAAUCAUCUUCAUUGCUGCUGGCGUUACGCCCGAGGAGUUUGAGCAAGGGCCAAUGCCGUUCUUUGACUAUCAUGAGUCGAAUGGCACACAGUCAUGCAAAGAUCCCAGGAGCUUGCUCUAUGGCGACUUCUCAGAUGAAGAGGCCAACAAGUGGCUCCCGCGUCUUCAGCAUCAGGUUGACAGAGGCUGGGCGACCAAGCUCCAGUAUUGUGGAAUAUUACCCGUUGCUAUCCAGGAACAGUUCGCGGGUCUGGCGGGCAGUGAGAUCGUGAGGAUUGGUGCGGGACAUAUGGUGCAGUUGAGUGAGACUGAGAAGGUGGCUGACAUCAUCGCUUCACACGCGGGUUAA